UAGCCACUGUAAGAGAAUAUAAGGAUGAAAUUCAGCGUAAUAGUGAUCGCUGUGGCAGUAGAAUUUCUCAUCCUACCUUUUACAGAAUGCAAAGAUGUGAGGUGGAAGUGGCAAGCUGGUAGUACAAGUGUGAACAAGGUCUCAUCAGACCUGAAUCUAGGAGCACGUACAGGUGGCAUGGUCUUCAAAGAUACCAAUACCUACAAUACAUUCUUCUUAUUUGGAGGUCUGCUUCACGAUCCAAUAUCAAACUCACAGUGCUUUGCUAAUGACCUGUGGCACGUAGAAGGAGGGGGUCCUUCUGAAAAAGUCCUGCAUCAAGGGACUAGGAAUGAAGGAUCAAAGCGAGGGACUGGUCAGUCGCCUGUCCCACGAAUGUUAGGUGCCAGCUGUGGGAUAGCAGGUGGCAUGUUUAUGGUGUAUGGUGGUUAUGGAGACAAAGGCGCUUUAGGAGAUACUUGGAUAUAUGACUUUGGACACGAGCAGUGGAGCAGCUUGGAAAAAUUACACUUCGAUAUGAACCACAAUGACACUAGCUUAAUUUCUCCACCAGCAAGAUCCGACAUGGCAGCUUGGUGCAUGCAUGACAGACUUGUUAUAUUUGGUGGCAUUGGUGAAAAAUCAGAGACUAUGCGGGACAUGUGGGAGUUCGACCUCCGAACCUUGUCCUGGAAGGAGAUGGAGAAUUCUGUAUUAUUAAGGAGCCAGAUCUACUUCAACCACCUGACAACCUGGCCAGAAGCAAGAAAUGGUGCCACGACUUGGGUCAAAGGCAAAAAUCUUUAUCUGUUUGGGGGAAAUAGAGUUUCAAACCAUGACAGAAAAAGUAUUCGAAAUGUAGGAUUUAGUUCAGAUUUGUACAUGUACAACAUCUCGGAGGGGAAAUGGAGGUAUGUACAUGGGAGGAGGGAGACAGGCCGUGUCGCAAAGUUUACCUUUCAUGGGCAGCACAGCAGAGAGAAUGAGCCAGGCUGUCGACGAGGUGGUGCUGGGAUAGUUGACACAAGUGGAAAUCUCUGGCUGUUUGGAGGUGAGGGAGCUGAUGGUCAUCUUGAUUCUGUUUCAUCUGUAAAACCGCCUAAACGUCUUGCUGAUCUGUGGCACUUUGAUGUAUUGAAAAAUGAGUGGGCUUUUAAGGGCGGGUUUGAGAGAGGAAACUCUGCUGGUAUUUAUAAUGGUGACAAAAACAUUUACUACACUGGCUCUCAGCCUGGGUCAAGAUUUGACACGAUGUCUGUCCCAGCAGGAAACACAAUCCUUGUCUAUGGUGGCAUAGGAAUAGAUGCUGAUGGGAAUGAAGGUCUGCUUAGUGACUUCUGGGAGAUCGACAUGCACAAUUACGUAGCUUAUUUUAGUGCCACUUAUCCUGGUACUGUUUUUAAUUUGCUCUUCUGGCCUUUCUUGUUUGUGGCUGUUAUAUGUGUAUCCUUUCUCUAUAGCCGUAAGUUCUUUGAGAAGUUUCGGAACAAGCGUGACAUUGCCUACGCACCACUGACACAGGAAUAACUUUGUUUUCAGCUAAACAGCAGUCUAUUGGCAAUAGUUUUUGAUAAAGCAAGGGAAGACUUAAUGUUUCAGCUUCAGAAAUGAAGGAAUGGGAUUCUUCUUUACUCAGACUUUCAUCAAAUUAAUUUUAAAAAAAUUGAUGAAUUUAAAAUUUAUUCAUAUAGUAUAUUUUGUGUAUUGCUUUAUGUAAACACUAAAAUGAAACCUGAUGCAGUGAAAUAUACCGAAGUUAUCUCCCUUGUGGUAUUAGACAAUGGUAAAAUAUUGUAGUUUCAUCAAUUAUUGUUUUAAAGACAAAGGAUCUCAAACAACAUCAUACCUUACAUGAUUAGUUCUUUCCAAUGAAAAUUUACAAAAGAGGAAAUAUCUUGAAAACAUUCAUUAAUCGUUACCUGUAAAGGUAAUAAUCAGAGAAGAAUAUGGAGCAUAGCCAAUGCCGUUUUUUGUGGUUGGGUGGAUCCAAGGGCACUUAACUCUUCAACGAAAUACCCCGAAGCAUGCAGGGUGAUUAAGUAGUAGAGCAAAUCAAGUAAGGGUAUCAAUCACAACAGCAUCAGGUUUCUUAAUUUAUUGGAUGUUGAUGCAUGUCAACCAGUUUUGCCCCAUUAGUUGUCAUUGGCUUCUAGCUGAUUGACAGACACAAAAUAUUUUUCGAAACCUGCCUGGAUGCUGUUGUGAUUGAUACCCUUAAUUGACUAGUAAAUAAUUGAAUCAGGUGUAAUUGUUUAAUUUCUGUUACAUUGAUGAAAAAUCCACCAUUUUAAAUGAGUUAUUUUGAGAAAGCUAGCUUGUAAUAAAACAAGGAGACCCUGGUUUAGGAAACACUCAAUCUGAUUUAAAGAGCUUUUCAUAGUGAAGUCUCAAAUUUUAUAAGUAUCUAUAUAUAGAGAGUAACAUGGUCAUUGUCUUAAAAUAUCAGCUGUAUUUUGACAAGGGUGAAGAAAAGACAAAAGUGGGGAGUCUCUGAUGAGCCACUUUUGUCUUUCUGUCCGAGCAAAAAUACAGCUUAUAUUUUAAGACACUGACCAUGUAUUCCAUUUAUCCUGCAACAUUGUUUGAAAAUCAAAACAUCCACAGUUUUGUUGUUCAAUCUGUGUUUACCUGUCGUUGACAUUAUGCUGAAUUUUGCCUGAUGACAUACAUCAAAAUAAUUGCUAUGCACAGAAAUGUAGUUCCAAAAUUCAAUGGAUAUGACAGCAAUUUUAUGAACUUUCGUAAAUAAACAUAUUUAUUAUCACAUAUAAAAUCACUUAUUUUGACAAUUAUUCAUAUUAUUACACAUAUUUUUAAGGUUAAUUAAGAAAGUAAUUCUGUGGAAUUACCUCACAUGCUGAAAUACAGCUAUUUUUUCCGUCACUGCAAAACACAGCAAAAAUAUAUGUGGCUGGUGUAUUUGGACAUUGGCACUGCCAGUUCCAAGGUGAAUAAAUAUUUCUCUGAUGAGUCAUUUUACUGGGAUAGAGUCCGUCCAUUGAUCUUUGAUUGGUCAUAUUGUGGUACUUUACCAUAUCUGUCCAUUUGUCUUUCAAGCUAAUUUUAGAGUAAAUUUUGAAGUAUGUAUAUAUACAUUUACACAUAAGAUUCCUUUGUCACGUUCACAGAUGAUAAAAUUAGAAAUUGACUUGUCAUUUCAAUACAGUCAACAUAUCAUAGAUUUUAAUGGAACUUUGUGAAAUUGGUCACAAUUUAACAAAAAGACACAUGAUGUAGCUUGAGGUCAAGGUCAAAGAUCAGGUUUUGUUGUUUUUCUAAACGAUACAUGCCCUGUUGUAACAUUCUGAAACAAUGUUGUGAAGAGUUGAACAAGAUACCAUUUCACCAUGUUAAAGAACAGGAUUACAAUAUUUUAUCUAUCAAAUGAUUGAUGUUCUGAAUUAAGAUUGUAGAGAGUCCAGAAAAAUUCCAUGGACAGAGGUAAGGUCAGAGGUUGAAUUGUUUUCCUUAUUUUUACACUUCUGUCGUUAAGGAGUCAACCAAAGAACCAUUAAAAGGUCAAGGGCAUUGGAUCAAAUGUCAAGGUCAUAGGUCAUAUCUGCUCUUUUUCAACUGAAAACAAAUUUAACAGCUACACUGAUGAUCAGUUACAUUAAACAUUAGGCCUGAUACAACAUAAAGAUCCUAGGUGUGUGGCACAACACUUCCUACCCGUGGUGAUUUAUGUGUCUCUAGAAAAUGAGAAACAGACUGGUCUGGUGGUUGUGUCCUUGAGCAACAUACAAUAGAUGUAUGAUGGCCUUUGACCUCCUACAGAACAGAAUAAAAUGCAACUAUAAUAUAACUUAAUGUCAACUUUAGAUGUUGCAUAUUAACCAUAGGGUAGAACUUAUGAGGUAGAACCUCCUCCAUUUAGAUUUUAUAGGGAUAUGGGUUGGAUUGGAUAAUGACUAGUCUUACAUAUGUAUACCCUUGUCAAUAUUUUGAGAAACUUUCAACAAAUUCAUAUUGAAUGCUUAGCAUUAUAACAUCAAGUUCUAUAUCUGAUCAUAAUGGUCAUCAGUCAAGGUUAAAAGAUCACAUAAUGAUACAAUGGUAAGUAGGCUGCACAGGAGAUGUACAUUGUAAGAAUGUAUGUAUUCAAGCUUAUUGUUGAAUUUCGAGUACAUUUCUGGUGAGAAAUUAAAAUGUAUUCGGGUUCAUCAUGUUUAAGUAGAUUCCUUAUAUGAAUUAUGUAUUUGAAUUUCAUGUAGAAGUGCUUUUCUUGUAUGGAAGUUAUUUAAGUGUUUUGGAAAACAUUUCCUGCUAUUCAAAGAUAGUAAGUAGUUGAUACUUUUUAGUUACAUUUAGAUUACAUUUCUUGUAUGAAGGUUUUUGAAAUGAUGUUUCUUUAAGAGAACUUCUUUUAAAAUUGAUGUACAAGUCACACUAACCUGUAGCGGAGUGACAAAGCCUUUUUAACACUAAGUACAAGCCACACUUACCCAUUAGCUGAGUGACACUUAGAGACCCCGUGUAUUAAGUGACAGAGACCAAACACUUUGUUUCACAAUUGUGAUAAAAUAAGUAUGGUUAAUUUUCUUUACAUUUUCUGUGUCUGAUUUAGUUAUUUACAUCCUGUUUACAUACUUACCUAUUAUUUAGUUCUGUUUAUAUAUUUACUUAUCUCUUUCUUGUUAAAUAUCUCAAUGAGCUCUGAUUGAAAGUUGGAAGUCUUGUUCCAUUUUUCAUUUUCACUGUCUUUUGUACAAGGUACACAUGGAUGAAUUCCCCACCCAUUUUCCAUAAGAUGAUGAUGGUUUCACGUCUCUAAGACUCUGCCUGUCCAUUUUCCAGAGUGACUAUAAUGUUUUUAUAUGUCUUAUGGUCAGGAAUUUUUUCCAUGUCCAUGUGCCAAGAUACACUGUAAUUUAUAGAUAUGUUUUAGAGGUUUUUUAAUUAUGUAGCAUGUGUAUUUAUUUAUAGGUGGAUAGAUUUCCUUUCCAUGCAAUCAAAGACAUAUUAUUUCCUUAUGUGUUCCUUGGCUAUUCUUUUAUUGUUGAAAAUCAACAAUGUCUAGCAUGUUAAAGACUUCUGUGUACAAAUUAAUUGUUAGCAAAGUGUUCAAAGUUUCAGCAUUUUCAUUAAGAAAAAGAACAAGUUUAGAGAGAAAUGCAAAACAAUGUUGGUGUAUAAGUUUGAGAUAUGGUACUGUUUGUACAAAGGACCAAGACAGAGCUCAGAGUUUAAGUUUAAACUAAAAGGUUGUAUUUGCUGUAGAACUGAAGUUGUGUACAUUCCAGAAGUCACAUAUCAUGUAUAUAUUUCCAUUUGUUUACAGGUUUUAUACCGAGCAUAAUAUAUAUUAAGUCCAGUUUUUCUAAAAUAAAUGUUCUCUUAAUAAUUAAA